GUUUCAUUCACCAUGCAGCUCCGUGGAACUUCGUCGCGCAUGUUCGCCGCAGCGGCGCCAGUGCUUUCGAUUCGACAAGGGUCGAUGUUGGAUAUUGAAACUCCGCGGGCGAACUGGACCGAUCCGUUCUUCACGGUCGAAGAGGACUUGUGCAUUGUGCGGCAAAAAUGUUUUGCCCCGCCGCGGUGGUCGACCGACGCCGAGUUUUUGCAUGCGUUUUGCUCGACAUUUGGCGUCGAGCGCAGCACAGCUCAAAUCAACAAGCGCCUGUCAAACCUCCAGUUGUCUAACCCAGACCACGGCAUUCUCCGCAUGUACAUCAGCACUCUGUUGCAAACGCCCGUCGCAUCCAAGCACGACAUCGUCACGAAAGAAACCCUUCGUCCAGAAUUCGCAGCAUUUGUAGACAUUUCGUCGAACCUCCAGAGCAUUCUGCAGCCCCAUCUAGACGACACAGAUAGCGGCGGCUCGCUAGUCGACGAUUGGCUGCACGUUCAAGUGCACAGCAAACACUUUCCGACUUACGACAUGGACGUGUCCAAGCUUCAGCUGCGCAAGUGCUCAGCGGUGAUCGAUCGAUUUCUGGCCCGCGCGGCGAUCUCUGAUGUAACGUCUGGCCCGCGACAGUAUACGAACGGCACCAUGACAUAUUACCCCGCGGUGGGCACCGCCAGUGAACGCCUGGUCAUCACCGAUGACGUGGCAGCUUACGAUGGGAUCGCGUGCUAUCAGCACUUGAGUGAGCCAGUGCUCGCCCGGCUCGUGCUGUUUGCCAAAGACCAGCACACUGUGGAGCGCCGCCUGACGAUCGCAGACGAAUAUGAAGCCGUUCAAAGGACCAACCGCCUGUGCAGCGACGAAAUCAACGGCCUGUACGCGUCCGAGGCCACCCGCUACGUGAGUGUGCUGGACAACGCACGACAACGAGAGGUCGCAAAGACCACGUCGUUCUUGGACCAAGCGCUGCAAAACGACUUGGCCGCGCUGCACGCGAUGCACGCCGCCACGCUCAAGUCGGAAAUUGAAAAGAUCCAUGCCAAGUACGCCGAUAGACGAGACUCACUGGUCGUGCGCAUCGAAAACGAACGGCUGCGGGCGCUAGAACUGUACCGAAAUUCCAUGGACCUGACUAUUUUGCAGCUCGAACAUGCGAUGGCCGUCAAUACGCAGCAGGUGGAGGCUGUGUUUGGCUCGUCCGAAUGUCUCUUGCAGCUGUUGAUUUUGGCCGAGGACUUGGAUUGCAAACGACUGCGCAAGGCGUGCAUUGACUACCUCACUGAACCGAAACGAUUUAUCCAGUUUGCCCUGCGCCGGGAACUGACAUGUCCCCUCCUGGCAGAGCACACCAUCCUCGCAUUGUUCCAACGCUUAUCCAACCAAGAUGUGAAAGACCUCAAGGACGAGUGCCGCAAAGGGUUUGCGUUCUCGGAUCUACUCAUGCGCGAGAUUCACACACGCCUCAUCGCCCUCACCAAGGAACUCGAGGCGCUGCCGAAUGAAACAUUGAGAGACGUGAUGCGCGUCGCCUUUGCGGCUUCGACGACGUCCGAAGACAAGGAAGCAACCACCGCGAUGACGACAACGACGUCGGCGGCGGUGGUCAAGCUUGGCCUCGCCACGCGAGCAUAUCCGCAAGUACUCACAAAAGAAGUGGACCGACGACGAGAAUUCAGCAGAGUCAAAUUAGAUGCAUCGCUCGUGACCAACCACCUAAGUCUCACGGAGGACGACCUCGUCGUGGAGCUCGAGUCGGCACGUCGGUAUUGCGCCGCCAUGGCCACUAAGCCAAGGCGGGCGGGGGAAUUCGGGCGGUGGAUGUUUGAGGUGACCCUCGAGCGUAUGGAUACAGCAGGCAGCGUCGCCAUUGGAUGGGACGUGCCAAGGCACUCGGCAUUGCAAUGGGGCCCCCUCGACAAUCCUACCACCGAUUCAACACGUAUUAGCGAAACGAUGGCACUCCCGCCGUCCCCCCGAGGUCGCAUGACUCGAUUUGGUACAAAGAACGGCUACGGUAUGAUUAUCCCAGGGUUGAGUCCUGGGGAAGACGGCAACGAUUUUGGGAUCAUGUGGGUGUCCGACUCGAGUGUAUCCACAGGCAUAAGCAGUGUCGCUCCUGUUGAUCCCUCGAUUGGAACCGCUCCCAACGGUGGCAGUGGGGGAAUGGGGAUACUGUACAUCAACGGCAAACAACACAGUGGCAUGCCGUGCUUUCGUCAAGGCGACGUGAUCGGGUGUGCCAUCGACCAAGACGCCACCGAGCCCUUCGUUGCUUUUUACUUGAAUGGGGCGUUGGUCAGUGUGCCUAGCCAUCCUCAUUCGAGUAGCAAUGCAUGUAGCAAUGCAUGUAGCAACGCCUGUGUCAACUCUGCUGGUAGCCACCACCACACGAAACCCACGUCAGGGCUAAAAAAGCUACUCUUACACAGCGCCAACUACGCAUUGUAUCCCACCGUGACGCUGUUCUCGUCCCACGACCCUACGGCUCGCGUGCGAUUUAAUUUUCGAGGCAACUUUGACUUUGCCAUUCCUGGCUACGACCCGUACGGCGCGGAGCUGUUGGACUUGAUUGAAAUGGUAAGGGAAGGUGCCAGCAGUGCAUCCCCACCCCGCCGCAAAUCUGGCAUUGACUUUGCAUCGACUUGACUAUUAUCAACGCGUCAACCAUAAAAUGACCUUGAUUACCUUCGAAAGCCAAUGACCGAGGUGCCCGUCGUGAAUAGCCUUGUUGAGCUUUGCUCCGUGAUGAAUAGACUUAGGCUUCUAUUGCUUAACAUAUGUAUAGCGCAUUGGUGAAGCGUAC